AUGUCCCCAGGUGAUCUAGUACAAGAAUCAGCAAAUACUGGUGAUGGCGAAUUGAUGGAUUCGAAUGUCACCCAAGAAAAUAAUGUCGACCUUGAGCUACGGCUGGUAUCAGGCACCGAAUCCCCAAUACAAUCACCGCGAUACCACGAUACAUCAAGUCCGUUCAUAGAUCACCCACAAUCCCCCAAUGGAAAGCCCAAUAAUACUGUCAACAAUAGAGACUCCAACAUCAGGAACGCAUGUGAAGUUGUUAGUCCCCAGCAGCAUAUGUCGAAAGGAGGAAGCCGGCUUGGUAAUGAAAUCGAGAAGCACUCACCGGUGAAGCACGAUUCCUUUGUCGAUAAUUCACUUGAUGGAAGCCACCUCACUCAGACCCCAAUAAAGCUAAAAAAUCAUAACGUGUCGCCAUGGAGACAAUUCCGGCCUCCGAGCAAUGUGUCAGCAUUAACGAGUUCAGCUUCAAUUCUUAACAACAAGCCGGAUUUGAAAUAUUCCAGCACUAAUCAUAGAUCGGCCGAUUCCGAAACAAAUACUCACUCUGAAAACGAAGAACUAAAUAACCAACUAAUUCACUACAAGAUCAAGCUUAAAUUGAUGAGAGACUUUUUACGAGAUCUUAUUGACAAGAAAAGUAUCGAUACCAGCGAAAUCCAACUGAUAAUAGCAGACGUAGAUAUCAAACCUAGUCAGCUGCUGCUAGAGAAACAGAUUGUCCAACUUCAGGCCGAUAAGAAGGAGUCACUUGAAAUCAUGGAGGAAUUGCAAGCAAAUCUUGAAGAUUUUGAACGUUGUAUUAAAGACCAGCAAAUCGAACUAACAGAGUUGAAAGACGUGUUAGAAAAAUGCAAGGAUCUGGUUGGGGAAUUUGUAAUGUAUGUGCAGAAAGAAGAGGACUUGAAAGCUUGGAGAAAGGAUACUUUCCAGCAACUGCCAUUUAAACCACUUGAGGAACAAGUGGGGGAUCUUAUUCAGUUUACAAAAGAUAUGAUUAAAAUUUCCAUAAAUAAUGAGGUCAAACUAGAUAACGGAACAACGCCACUUACUCCUCCUGCGUCAAAUUAUGACAUGGAUAAUACAGUGGAUUUGGUUAAAGAAAUCGAAGAACUACGAAGGGAGAAAAGAGAACUUGCGGAAAAAAAUACAACAAUAGCCAAAGAACUAAGCAAUAAAAUCCAGGAGGUCCAAGGAUUGCACGAAAAACUCGAAGCGACAACAGAAUUGAACGUACAGUUAGAGCAAUCCCUUGAACUUGAGAGAAAUGAAAGUGCUGAAAAGGUGUCACAUUUGCAGACGGUAAUCGAAGAACUCAAAAACGAUUUGAAGAGUACAAAUGAUCGCGGUGCACUGCAUGAUAUCGAAGAAGUGCCAUUAUCUAUCCAUUACGAGAGCUUGGUUGCCGAACAUCAAGACCUUCAAAGUGCAUAUGCGUCGCUUCUAAACGAGUUAAGUCAGCUUCGUGAAGCUCCUGCUGCUCAUGAGCAGCCAGUGGGAAUGGAGAAGGUGGAACAACAUAGCUCCAAUCUGGAAACAACAUACCUCAGUGACCAAGCAAACAAAGUUUCAGAACUCCAAGCCGAACUUAACCAAGCCUUGAAGCAACAACAAAUGCUGAAUUCAGAACAAGCACGGAUGUCCUACAUAAAUGCCAAUCUCAAAAGGGAGAACGAGGAACUACAGUCCAAGUUGAAACAAAUGGCUGAAUUUGUUACGUUUGCUACCACUGACGAAAAAGAGCGAGUGAUGAAAAAGUUGUCGGUGAUGGAAUUUCAGUUUAAGGAUUUGUUAAAGUUUGACUUGGGUGAAUUUCAAAGAUUGAUACAGUCAUUCAACAAAAUAGCUGAGGAUGAAUCCUUACUCAACCCUAUCAAGAAGUACGAAAAGAUCAAAAAAGCUCUUGCCGGUGAUGUUGAUGAGAGUAGUACCCGGAUUGUUAGAGAAAAUCACAAGUCAGUUUUUGAUUAUUUUGUUAGGGCAACGGAUAUAUUGAUAAACAAUUAUGUGAGGUUAUUGCUUGCAGAGGACGAGAGUCAUGCGAAUGAAACCUGGAAGAAGCAGGUCACAAAGCUCAAGGAGCAAAACUCGUUGUUGAAGAAUGAAUUGGAGCUACUUCAGAAGAAGAUACAAGGGUCGGCCACCGCAGAGUCACCAACGUCAAAAUUGAGGUUAAAUGACAUCAGACAAAAGUGGAAGGCCGAGAGGGAAAGGAGGAUAAUGGAAGAAAAAGAGGCAAAUAAGCGAUACAAUGAUUUAAAGAACGACAUCCUAAAAACUAUGCCGGCUUAG